CAGCUCACUGGAGCACAGACACCUGAAGCAACAACAACUAAUCCCAUUCCCCAAGGCUUCAACCUCAGGUGAGGCUGGCACUUGGUUAUCUCUACUUUAUAUCAACUGCGACAAUCACUUGUUGGUCAGUGGUGCAGGCAGUGAGGACAAGAGGUUGAACACGAUGGAGAGACUGUGCUUGCUAGUGAGGGUCAUGGUAGUUGUCAUGGUGGUGAUGGUGUGGGCGCCUACCACCCAUACCAUGAACGUGGAGGAAUUCGUGAAGCAAAGGGAAAUGUUGUUGGCCCAGGAGCAGACCGCUAUAUUGGGUCAGGAUCAAGUGUUAACACUGGAGGAACAAGUGGUCAACGAGAGAAUAAUGACGGCUAAAAUGAAGGAGAUGAACGAAGGCUUCGAAACGCUCGACUUUCUCCCAUCCAAAAAUUUUUUGUUAGCCAAGAAGGAGAUCGAAGCCUCGGAAGUAUUCAAAAUCAUCCGGGAGAUUCCAAAAGGUGCAGCACUCCACCUUCACGACACCGCCCUGGCCUCCGCCGGCUGGGUAGUCGAGGAGAUCACCUACUGGCCCGACCUUUAUCUCUGCUAUACUCCAGAGAACCAACUGCUCUUUAAGUUUUUCUUGACACCAGACACAUCAUGUGAAUGGGAGCGAGUGAGUGAUGUGAGGGAGUCGUAUCCAACGCCACAGGAAUUUGACCAAGAGCUCCUCUCCAGACUCUCAUUGCUGACUGAUGAUCCCGAAGAAAAAUAUCCAGACCUGAAUAGUGUAUGGUCAGCCUUCGAGAGCGUGUUUAUUGCCAUAACUGAUUUGGUGAUGUAUAAGCCAGCCUGGGAGGCCUACCUAUACAAAGCACUGCAGGAGUUCUCCGAGGAUAACAUCCUCUAUGUGGAGUUCCGGGGCACACUGCCUCUGCUGUACGAGCUCAACGGUACAAUGCUGACCCCAACGGAGACGGUGGCUGUGUACCAAGACACCGCCCAGCGCUUCCUUAAUGAUCAUCCUGAUGAAUAUUUUGGCACACGAUACAUCUAUGCCCCACCUCGACAUGUGGACAACUCCACUAUGGAGGGUUACAUCACUCUGGUCAAGCAACUCAGAGCAGAAUUCCCAGACUUUGUAGCUGGGUUUGACCUGGUGGGUCAGGAGGACAAGGGUCUUCCUCUCAGAGCAUUCUUGGACUUGCUUCUCACACUCAGCGAUGCUCAGGUGCCUGUCUUUUAUCACUCAGGAGAGACAGCGUGGAUGGGGAUGAGCACUGAUGAGAACCUCAUUGAUGCCCUGUUGCUUAAUGCCACUAGGAUCGGCCAUGGGUACGCCAUCACCAAGCACCCUGAGGCCAGGGAGCUUGCCGUUGAUAAGGAUAUUCCUCUUGAAAUCUGCCCUAUUUCCAAUCAGGUGUUGAUGUUAGUGUCAGACCUCAGGAACCACCCUAUGGCUGGGUUGGUGGCUGAGGGUUUCCCAGUGGUAGUGUCUGCUGAUGACCCUGGCUCCUGGGGUGCCACUGGUCUUUCCUAUGACUUCUAUGAGGCAUUCAUGGCACUAGGAGGAGCCAAGGCUGACCUCAGGUUCCUCAAGCAACUGGCCAUUAACUCCAUCACUUACAGCAGCCUGGAUGAUGAAAGAAAAUCAGAACUAAUGUCAAAGUGGGUGAAAAAAUGGGACGAGUAUAUCACCAGCAGCUACAGACUAUUCAGCAACACCAGCAAGAAGUUCUUCCCUGGCACCACAGCUAUAUCUAAUGAGAUCUAAGUACAAUCUACAUACAGCAAUACAAUUCAAAUAUAGAUCUUACAAAUAAUUUCAAUUAUAAAUGAAAUGAAGCGCUUAAAGAAAUGUCAAAGCUGGACUUCUUGGCAUCAGAGUAUUUUUUUUAAGGCAUUUACUCGUCUUGGCCCCUGAAGACAGUGAUCACAGCAGAAGCAGUAGUCAGCUGAUUUAUGAACAUGGGUUCAGAAGAACAUGAACACAACAAUAAUACUUGUCAACUAAUGUAUGGGUACAGUAUUGGAGAAUAAAGAACAAAAAGGCAUAAUACCAUGACUGGAACAGUACACAAAUAAUCUGCACAUAGCAGAAAGAAACUUAUGAUGGGUUAUUUGUGUAGUAUUUUAGAAUAAUAGCAAUAUCAGUAAGGUGUAUUUUCCAGCAAACAUUUACAGCAAUACACAAAUAAGUCAUUUUCAAAACCAGCACUGAAUGACCCUCAUAGGGUCAGUGUUUUUUGUGACAUUUUUAUUUACAAAAUUCUGUGCAUUCAAUAAGUAAAAUUAAUGCUAUAACAUUUCCCCUCAAAACUAAUCAUACUGAGUCAUGUUACAAGGCACUUUGGAAAUUGGUUUCACCCUUCAACACCACUGUUUCCAUGUGACCUCAGUAUUCUAAGUGAAUGCAGACUGGGGAUUUUCAGAGCAUCUUGACAGUCCAACAUCUCUAGAUCAUUUUGACCAUCAGUGUGUGCACCAGCUUCAUUUCGGAUGCUUUCCUUAAUGCCCUGACAUGCUUACUGUGUCUGCCUUCUCUGAUGGAUCUCACCUCUAAUGCAGACUCUCAUUAUAAUUGUUUUACUGACAUGGAUUUGCUACAUCAACUUUGAUGCAUGAUCCUUAUCUUGGUGUCCUUUCCUCAACACCUCCACUUCUCCCACUUUACCAUCUCUCUCACCUCUGCUUUGCAGAGGUGAGAAAUAAUAAUAGUAAUGCAAAACUUAUUUCUGACAUUAGAAUGAGAUUCAAGUGUUUGUACUGAUGUUAGUAGUAAAUAAUUUUUUUUAUUAUGGCAGUCUAAUUUGUAAUGCUGAAAAAAUAAAAAGUUAUUUUUACAGAAGAGGUAAAUUAAAAAUUCUUUUUAACCCAUAAAUUAAGAUAACAAUAACUAUGUACUGUAUUCUGAAUGACAUGAACUUUUACAUUUUAUAAAAGUAUACUGUAUGUUACAGCUAAACUGUAGGAUGCGACAAGAGUAACUAAAUAUAAACUUAUUAAAAAAUUAUGACUUAUUACCCAUAUUUAUAUAUAUUACCAUGUAUGCAAGUAACCUUCAAGAGGUUGGGGACAGGUACAAGAUCAAAAAGUGUGUGUACCUACCAGUAUCUGCUUGACCCCCAGCUAAAUACAAUGCCCCAUCAGAAAUUGCUGGCAAGGCAAGCAUCAUUUGAGCCACUAGAUGCCAACCAACCUCACUCUCCACAAAACAGACAGCAAACCAACAACACACAAACUGUGCACUUGGGCAGCAUUUACAAGAGUGAACCAACACCCAAUCACCAAAUUGGAAAGGAGCAGUGAAUAAUCAGAAGACUGAUUCAGCAGGGCCAAACUUUCUGGUUAACUUUAAUCCACUUGCUGCUGGACUAUAUUGCCAAGAGUAGAAUAAAUUUUCAGGGAAGAAGAAACAUGGAAUAUAAGAGUCUCCACAUAGAGUAAACAUACAGGAGCAGCUCUUGGUUAGCCACUUCAGCCACCUUAAGGAAAAGUCCUAGUCAACAGAAUAAGGCACCUAGGAGAUCAUAAUAUAUCCUCUCCUCCCACACUUCAAGAAAAACUAAAGUUGUCUCUCUUUCCUCUAACUGUGACAAUUACUCAAAUGUAGCAAAUGUUAACAAUAUUGUUAUUUCCAGGUGAGGGUCAAUAGCUCAUCAUCAGGACUUGUAGCAUUAGAGACUUUGAGGUGUUAAGUUCAUUUUCUACACUUAUUCCAACCAUUGUGGAAACAAUAUAUUAUUAUGCAUUUUUAAUUUCUACCAUUCAACUUUAUCCAGUCAACUACAUACUGAGUCAAUUAUGGUUCUUAUAGACCCUUAUCAGCUCUGUUCAUUCAAUACAGCAUUUUAUGAUAUAUUUUAGUAAAACAUCUGUUUCAAGGUUACAAAAAUAUAAAAAUUUAAGUCAUCUGUAUAUAUUUAACAACUUCAAAAAUCUAACAUUUCUAAUUAAAAUAAAAAAUUGACAUCUGAGGAUACAACAACUCGCUACAAUAUAAAUUAAUUUUUUGCAUGAUUGGCCUUGGGCAUUUUGGCACAUAAUGAUACAAAUGACAUUAAAUGACAUACAACAUUUUUGAAGUUGGCUAAACUCAGCCUAUGUUUAAUAAACUGCAAAGGGAACUGCAAUCAUACAUAUUGCAAAUAUGUACUCCAAAUAUUAAUUAAAAGAAUCAAGAAUCUACAAGAUGCAUGUAUGCAUAUAAACAUGUAUGAACAUGUACCAAUCCAUUUACUUCCAUUUCAAUGUGUGAAAAUGCUGUUUACUGUAUACUUUCUGCAGCACAGAAUGAAUAUUAGAUAUAGAAAUCUUUACAAUCCUUUAAAAAAAUAUACAGCUAACAUGUAAAGGCUGCUUGAGUAUGUAACAUACUUAGUGUGCUCUGUAUAUGGAGACUAUAACUACAUUCUUGAGUUUGUGUUCAGAAAUUUCAAUUAACUUCAACUUUUUGGCAUUUCCACACCCCAUAAAAAACUAACUUUUAGAAAUAGUGUAUUCACGCUUCAUUCUGAGCAGUGCUCCUUUCAGUAGUUCAACUGAUUUGCAGCAAGAGAAAUAACUUUAAUACAAAAUUUUUCUCUAAAAGUCUUUCACAUUUAUAAUUGCAUUUAAAAUAUAUAUACACAUGCAAGCUGUCUGAGUAUUACAAUAUUAAAAAUAUGAGUCAAGAUUAUCAUUAUUAACAAUUAUUUUCUAAAAUACAGUAUUUGGUUUUCACAUUUACUUCAAAAUCUAAAUUAUUACACAUACAUUACUGUAUUAUGUGCUACACUGAAAACAGUCAAUUAUAGUGACCUUUAAUGUCUCCAAUUAUACAGUUAUACUUUUCAUAACCAGUCAAAAAAAAUAUUUGAUGGAUCAGAGCAUAAAUAUAAACGGAUCAAAAGUACUGAGCGUACUUAAUAUUUUACUACCUUGGCAUUUCCUUCUGCAAAAAUAGGCACACAAAAGAAGGAAGCACAUUCAUGAUCACUUAUGUUAAAUGAUUGACAGAAGCAAGGGGCUAGAAACCCCUGCUUCUGUAUAAAUUACUAAAUUUAAAAAAAAACUUUCAUUUCUCUUUUUAGGUCACCCUGCCUCGGUGGAAUACGG